GCUCGGGAGAGCUGCCCCCAACCAUCCACUCGACGAUUCCGCUUCUAAUUCCUGCAUCAACACGAUAUCCCACGAGCUCCCACUCUCUAGAGACCAUCACGACUACCACAUCUGCCUCGCAACAUCCUGUUCGCUCAGAUAUAUACACUCUGCACCGAGUGAACCCCAGCGCGUCGGUGCUUUGAGCCUCUAUAUAAUACAUAGGCACCGACUUGUCUCGUGAAGCAACAAUCGCGACGCGAACCUCCUCGGGACAACUCGACUCAAUCGAUAAAGCCAGACCACGGACGAGACGACCAUUAUUCUGCAGAGUCCCACAGUCAUAUCCCAGGCUGGCCCGUCCUUGCGGUUCAGCCUGGUCGCAACUUUUGGGUCGUCCUCGUGACUCCCACAUCCUCACCACCCUAAGCCGCUCCCUACUUGCACGAUACAGAUCACACCUCUCGCCAUGUCGCCAACACGACAAACACAACAGCCACCCGCCAAGGUCCUGGAGUUCGACCCGUCCGCCCCGCCAGCAAGCACAGACGCCGAGUCCUGCCCCUUCUGCGCCAUCAGCCGCGCCUUCCCACCCUACGACCCGACCUCUCCACCACCACCCGGCUCGCCGUCCAUAAACCCGGACAAACUCUCUCCGGCAUCCUACGUCGUCCUCUCCACUCCGACCCUCCUCGCCUUCCUCGACAUAAUGCCCCUCUCACCAGGCCACCUCCUGCUGUGCCCCCGCACCCACCGGCCCAAACUGACAGACGUGUCCCCCUCCGAGGCCGCAGACCUCGGUAAGCACCUGCGCCUGCUCUCCCGCGCGCUGUGCCGGACGACGGGCGUGAUGGACUGGAACGUCGUGCAGAACAACGGCGCCGCCGCCGCGCAGGUCGUCAACCAUGUGCACUACCACCUGAUCCCGCGGCCCGAGAUUCGCGCCAGCGGGCGAUUCAGCGAGAGCUUCACCAUGUUCGGCAGGGGGGUCCGGACCGAUCUGGAUGACGACGAAGCGGCGGACUUGGCGGGGCGGCUGAGGGAAGAGGUGAAGAAGGUGUUGGAUGAAGAGAACGGGCGAGGAAAGCUGUGAUGAUUGUGCUGUGCUGUGCGCGCGAGGAUCGUUAUGGAGGGUAGAGGGUGGGUUGGCAGGCUUGAUGAUAUGCGAACCUGGGAGUCCGGAUCGAUAUUGGGACGAAGACAUUCCGGGGUGUGGGACUGGAGUACAGAAGACAGAAAGGAGCAGCAAUGUCGAGGGCUUUCAAGCGAAGCGAUCAUAUCAUUUGCGUCUCGUAUUUAGUUGAGAGUUGUUGUUUAAUUGUAGAUUAUUGAAAGCUCAUGUCACGACAUGACGCACCUUCCAAAUG